AUGGCGACAGGUCUGUUCGCCUCUUUACCGAAGCCGAAAUAUACGGGCGAACAUGAAGAGGUGCCGCUGCACGCUCAACCUCGAGGCCCUCGGGUCGUGGGACCCGGCGUGAUCGAUGAGUCUCAGAUUGUUUUAAAGCGCUCCGGACCACCUCCCUACGGUCAACGAUCAGGAUGGCGACCCCGCUCCGCCGAAGACUUUGGCGACGGCGGUGCCUUUCCCGAGAUCCCAGUGGCACAGUAUCCGCUCGAUAUGGGUCGCAAGGGCACGGCAUCGACCUCGAAUGCGCUCGCUAUCCAGGUCGACGCUGAAGGAAAAGUCAAAUACGAUGCCAUUGCGAGACAGGGCCACAGCGAAGGCAGGAUCAUACAUUCCAGUUUCAAGGAUUUGAUCCCGCUGAGACAGAGGGCGGACGCUGGCGACUUGAGCCUUGACAGACCAACCGCGGAGGAGGCGCAAGCCACGGCUGAAAGGACAAGACUCGCGCUGGAGAAAUUGGUGUCCGGUGCUGUGGCGGCUCAGAAACCCAAGAAUGUGAAAGGUGUGAAUCGGGAAGAGCCGACUUACGUGCGAUACACGCCUGCGAACCAGAUGGGGGACAACUCGAAGAAGAACGAUCGGAUAUUCAAGAUUGUCAAGAGACAGGAGGAUCCCAUGGAGCCUCCGAAGUUCAAGCACAAAAAGAUCCCCCGUGGACCGCCGUCUCCGCCGCCGCCGGUCAUGCACUCGCCACCCCGAAAAUUAACGGCUGAAGACCAAGAGGCGUGGAGGAUACCACCGCCGAUCUCGAAUUGGAAAAAUCCCAAGGGUUACACGGUUCCUUUGGACAAGCGACUGGCGGCGGACGGACGAGGACUACAGGAUGUCACGAUCAACGACAAAUUCGCCCAGUUUGCGGAAGCUCUCUUCACGGCCGACCGGCAUGCCAGAGAAGAAGUCCGGCUCCGCGCCCAGAUGCAGCAGAAGUUGGCGGAGAAGGAGAAGCUUGCAAAGGAAGAGCAUUUGCGAGAGAUGGCGAAGAAGGCGAGGGAAGAGAGACAGCGUGGUGGGGAAACACGCACAAGGCGGUCACGGUCACGAUCUUACUCAGCUUCAUCAUAUGAUUCCCGAAGUGACAGCGAGGACGAGGCGGCUCGCGAAAGAGAACGGGCCCGACGAGAGCGCAGACAAGAGAACGAACGACAACUCCGGCAGUCGAGAAUGGGCGCCGAAAAGAGGAUCCAGAUGAUGGCGCGGGAGCAGAAUCGCGACAUCUCGGAGAAAGUGGCGCUGGGACUCGCGAAACCGACGCAGAACCAAGAGACCAUGUACGACUCGCGGCUGUUCAACCAGACGUCCGGGUUUGACUCCGGGUUCAACGAGGAUCAACAUUACGACAGACCCCUCUUUGCGGCGCACGACGCCAUCAAUAGCAUUUAUCGCCCUUCGGCGGGAAACCAGGAUGACGAAGAAUAUGGCGAAGAAGCUGCGGAGAGCGCGAUGGGCAAAAUUAAUAAGUCGAACAGGUUCGAGGUAUUGGGGAGGGCUAAGGAAGGAUUCAAGGGUGCUGAUGUGGCGGAGCGGGAGGCGGGACCUGUCCAGUUCGAGAAAGACAAGGACGAUCCAUUUGGGAUUGAUAGUUUGAUUGGAGAGGCGUCGGCUAGGGCGGGCGGUGGAGAGGGGGCCUCGAAGAAGAGAUAUGGGCUUGAGCAGGCUGAGGAUAGGGAGAAGGAGGAGAGAGAACGGCAGAGGAAGAGGGCGAGGGUUGAUGAUGACUAG